AUGGCGAACAGCGGGCAGAAAGUUGUGCUAAUCACCGGCUGCUCCUCCGGCAUCGGGUUACGAAUCGCCGUCACGCUGGCCAAAGAUGAAAAGAAGCGUUACCAUGUCAUUGCCACCAUGCGGGACCUGAAGAAGAAGGACAAGCUAGUGGAAGCAGCAGGAGAUGCAUAUGGCAAGACCUUGAUGUUGCUUCCACUAGACGUGUGCAGUGACGAUUCAGUCAAGCAGUGCAUCAACAAUGUCAAGGACCGCCAUAUUGAUAUCCUGAUCAACAACGCAGGCGUGGGCUUGCUGGGACCUGUGGAAAGCAUCAGCAUCGAGGAGAUGAAAAGAGUGUUUGAGACCAACUUCUUUGGUGUUGUUCGCAUGAUCAAAGAAGUGAUGCCUGACAUGAAGAAGAGGCGUUCAGGGCACAUCGUGGUCAUGAGCAGUGUCAUGGGUCUGCAGGGAGUAGUGUUCAAUGAUGUUUACACUGCCUCUAAGUUUGCCAUGGAGGGUUUCUGCGAGAGUAUGGCGGUGCAACUGAUGAAGUUCAAUAUCCGGUUGUCCAUGAUUGAGCCUGGCCCAGUGCACACUGAGUUUGAGACAAAGAUGAUGGAGGACGUGGCCAAGAUGGAGUAUCCAGGAGUAGAUGCCGACACAGUCCGUUAUUUUAAAGAUGUUUACCUGCCAUCAUCCAUAGAUAUAUUUGAAGCCAUGGGCCAGACGCCAGAUGACAUAGCCAAAUGCACUAAAAAGGUUAUUGAGUCAAACAGCCCUCGCUUCAGGAAUCUCACCAACAGCCUCUACACACCAAUUGUGGCCUUAAAGUACGCCGAUGAGACUGGUGGCCUGUCUGUCAACACCUUCUACAACCUACUCUUCAAUUUCGGCCCUCUCAUGCACAUCACCAUGAGCAUCCUCAAGUGCCUGACAUGCAGCUGCCUGCGUAGACGCACCAUCUAAUCUAGAUGAAGAGGGUGUCCAAAUCCUGCCCCUUACCCUUACCCUCCCAGUUUGUUGACCCCCACCAAGUUCCAAAGCCCUUUUCCUGAGGUUUUGGGCUGAACAGAUAGACUAGAGCCAGUAACCCUGGAGAGAGGAGGUGCCUUUCUAGUUCAAAGACACUACCAUGAUAAGCUUUGCCAGAAAACAUGCACAAUUGCACACAUUGUCACAGAGAUGUUGUAUGCAGGAUGACCUCAUGUACUCACACACACACACACACACACACACACACACACACACACACACACACACACACACACACACACACACAUGCACACCCACAGAGAAACAUACAUACACAGAAAUACAAGCAACACACACAUUGGAUUAUUGUACAUAUUUACUAUAAAGCUAAGUUGACACCUUAGUCAGAUAUAGCGUGGUUAUAUAGUGGUUAGAUGUCUAUAUUGUUUAAAUGAGAGCUUCCAGACAGGACAUGAGAUACGAGCCCCAUGGACAGACAACAAAGCACAAACAGAUGUACUCAGUAACAGAGAGAAACAAUAAAGCUAUAGAGGAAUAAUAAUGCUAUAACUUGUAGCCUAGAUAACUGUACACUCAGGCUCACCACAGUUAUAACAUGUCUGACAGAGACAGAGAGAAUAUAUCUACUUUUAUUGUGUUGUGCCUUUAAUUUCAUGUUUUCCUUUGCGUAGUGUUCUCAUGGUCAUAACUGCUGUUAAAUCAUAUUUUAAAUGUUUUGAUAAUCGGAAUGUCUUUGUUUUUCAAGGUUUGUGAAGGGGUGGGUCAGAUAUGUGUAUGUAUGUAUGUAUGUGUAUAUGUCUAUCAUCUUGAUUUAAAAAUAAACAGAAUUCUGAUUUA